CCACCGACAAUGUCGGCACCGAACGCCCCACCGGGCACCUUCACGCCGGGCACCAAGGUCCAGGUCGGCUCACACCGCGUUGUUAUCGAGAAGUACUUCUCCGAGGGAGGCUUCGCUCAUGUCUACACCGUCCGUGUCCCGCCCAAGGACUCGUCGAGCAAACCCACCAUCGCCGUCCUCAAAAGAGUCGCCGUGCCGGAUAAGGAUGCUUUGGCAAACAUGCGUACCGAGGUCGAGACCAUGAAGAAGCUACAAGGCCACAAGCACAUUGUCACAUAUAUCGACAGCCAUGCCAGUCAGCUGAAAGGCGGCGGCUACGAGGUCUUCUUGCUCAUGGAGUUUUGCUCGGGUGGUGGUCUGAUUGACUUCAUGAACACACGCCUGCAGCACCGCUUGACCGAGCCUGAGAUUCUGAACAUCUUCGCCGACGUCAGCGAGGGUGUCGCGACCAUGCACUACCUCAAGCCCCCACUCCUGCAUAGAGACUUGAAGGUCGAGAACGUCCUCAUCACAAACUCGACAAAGGGUGCCAUUUACAAGCUAUGCGACUUUGGUAGUACCGCUCCUCCACGACCUGCCGCUUCUAAUGCCCACGAGGGUAGAACAAUCGAGGAGGAUAUCCAGCGUCACACCACAAUGCAGUACCGAAGUCCUGAGAUGGUAGAUGUUUGGCGCCGGCAGCCAAUCGACGAGAAGAGUGAUAUCUGGGCGCUGGGCGUCCUUUUGUACAAGCUCUGCUACUAUACCACUCCUUUCGAGGAGGUCGGCCAGAUGGCCAUCUUGAAUGCCUCAUUCAAGUAUCCCCAUUACCCUGCAUUCUCAUCCCGCCUCAAGGCGCUGAUCGGCUCUUGUUUACGAGAGGAUCCUCGUCUGAGACCUAAUAUCUAUCAAGUCGUCAGCGAAGUGUGCAGUAUGCGCGGCACUCCGAUUCCCAUCAAAGACAUUUACGCUCAACGUACACAAUCCGAAGCUGGACGCAACCAAAAACUUCCCGAUAUCACCUCUCCUGUACCAUCUCCGUCUCCGGCAGGCAUCAGCCAUGCGUCGCCCGUCAAACAAAAACAAUACAUUCCAGAAAUUGCUCCAAUGAGACGUGGUAGACCAACCGCUGCACCUCAACCUCAGGCUGCAGCUGUGUCCUCCGCUAAGAACUCGGAUCCGUUCGCCGCUCUCGACUCUGCCUCGAAUACCAUUCGAUCUCGUGCUGUAGACGAGCUCUCAGCCAAGUUCCCCUCGCUGGACGAGUUCUCGAUCGCGCAUGAGUCAGGAGGCUUUAACUUUAGCUCGUCGAAGCCGCAAAGAAACGACCCCAUCACAAGCGCACUAGCAGACGAUCUUUUUGCACGUCCUGCGUCAGCAAAGAAUACUCCACCACAAACAGAAUCAUUCCCACCUCGGACUUCCAGCAAGCCUAGCACAAAACCUGAGACUGGCGUCAAGGCCGAAGCACCUCCCAAGCCCAAGACAUUGCUACAUCAGCCAGCACCUCAAAGACCAACACACUCUUCUGCGGGCGCUUUGAACUCCCCAUCAGAAACUCAGCCUACGCAACCUUCUUUACCAUCAAUGCCAGAGAUUAGCAAACGUCCGAUCUGGCGAGUACCGGAUCCGGAUCAUUCGAGAGCCUCGAGUCAGCCGCGUGCUUCGCCUCUGGCUCAAACGGAAGCCAAUAGGCUUCAACCUAGCGCACCGCCAGCUCAGAGGCCUGUGUUGCUAGACUCCCACAGAUCUAAAUCGCAAACAGCCACGAUGACGAUGGCGAAACAGACGACAUCUUCCAGACCCUCCUUGGAAGGCCAUAGACCCUCAUUUGGAUAUGAAGACGGUAUCAGCAGGGCAAGAUCUGCAAACUCAAGACCACGACCUGUUAGCGCCGCAUACGUGGACUCGAAUCUUGAUUACCUGCGUGAACAGGAAGCAGAGAGGAAGAGGCCGUCACUCGAGAUUAGAAGAUCUAGCCGAUCGAUCAGAGGUAGCGAAGUCAACUUGGACGAUGCAAACAUUGACAGCGACGCCGACUAUCUCAGAAGCUUGGAGAGCAACGAUGGUCUGAGUCGGAGAAGUAGUGGCAAGAGUGCUGCUCACAACAAGCGCUCCAGCUUGUCUGCACUCAGCUUCAGCGGAACAAAGAACAUGUUGUCUGGCAGGUUCAAUGAUGCGUUCAAGAGAUUCGAGCAGACAGGCGGAGAGGUCAAGGUCCACAAGGGCGGUAGAGGGUCUGAUUCAGGAUUCAGAACUCCCAGCCCCAACCCACCGAUGCAGACCGAGAACAACCUGCUAAGCCCAAUCUCAGGCUCAGAUACUAAUGAGACACCGCGGCGUCCCGAGGCUGCCAAGUCGGAUCUCGACGACCUGAUUGAGACCGAAGACGUGCCACCAGAAAUGCGAAGAGAGAUGGAGAGACUACAACUCGCACAGGAAGAGAAGCGAGUGGCGGCAGCAGCGGCCGAGCACCGAAGUCGUGGAGGCGCACCUCCUGUACCCUCGAAGGCGAACAUGAUUCAACAGCGCGUUCAAUCGUUACUGGACGAUGGCCAGAAAUCACCAGUACGCAAGAGACAAGCAGAAGGCUAUGGACGCUACACGGAAAGGACAGAGACUAUACAGCCUGAGCGACGACCGACGCCCACGACUCAAGCCAUGCCCAAGAAACAAGCGCCACCUGUUGCGAGAAAGCCAGCUACACCUUCUCAAUCCUUCCCGAUAGCGGCAGGCACGUAUCCUCUCGAGCAUUCAGUAUCGGCGCCUGCACAGAGAACAGGCGCAGUACCGAGACCGAGUGCCCCCACUAAGCCAGCGUCACUCAAGACAGGCGGAUCAAGUGUAUCGCAAGGGCGGCCACAAUCUUCAGGCAUGGCGAGCCCGGUUGGCGGCAUGGAACAGGGGCUGCGACAAGAGUCGGAUUUUGCCAAUCAAGCAGAUUUCGAUGACUGGCAAGCGGACUUUAGCAAGAGAUAUCCUAGUCUGAGUGGCAUUGAGAUGGUGGAGAGGGAGAUAGCCGGCACGAGUGGAAGUAGAGAUGGCGGGCGACGUGGGGUGAGAGUCAGGGAU